CGAUGCGUCGCGUCGAUGGCGUACAGGCUGGCGCAGAGAGGGUGAGCACAGAAGGUAUUUUAGUGCGGUUCGCGAAGCGCUUCGCCGAGAUGGCAGCAGCACCGUUGUAAUGUGUACCUAAUUUAAGUUAUUCGCCCUCCACAACACCAAAGCGCUUUGAAGCGCGCGUUUCCGGAGCUAGCGUCCUGUAACACACUAGGAAAUCGUCCGCAGCCAGCCGUUUCAGUCCGCGCGCGCGCUAAAAUUCUGUUAGCCGACCACAGGCUAGUCGCUGUAACCUAACUUCUCGCUGCGCCCGCGAAACCGCGAGUCGUGCGCCCCAGCAGCCACCAAAACCAAAAUCACUGAUCAGAGCCAAAAUGCACAAAACACUUCUCGCGACCCUCCUCAUUGCCGCCAGCGCUUUCCGUCCGCCGCUGCGCCUCGCACCGCUACGAACCCUCUCAACACUGCGCGCCGCGCCCGACGCGGACAAGUCCGUCGACGCGGCCAUCGACCAGCGCGCCGCCGAACUGGCCUCAUCGAAACAGAUCGCGCGCGCGACGCUGCCGGGGAAUAGGAGGGCGUUGGCAUUGUGGCGCGUCGGCUGGCUCAGCUGGUGGUGCCAGGUCAUCCUCACGACGAUCAGCGCCGUCGUGCUCACGUUCGCCAAAGUCUCGGCACCAUCGACAGCCACCCAACCGGAGGCGGCGUUGGCGUCGGGGUUCCUCUUCGCGAGCGCCGGCGCCAUGUUUUCGUUGAUGUCGAGUUUUUGGACGUGGAGAUUAGUACGAUUAGCGAGACUGGAGUCGAGCGAAGCUUCUGGAGUGCAGAAGAUCGUCAGGCGGACGCAGAAGGCCUUGAGAUUUGGCGCGAAACUCAACUUGGUGGGCAUGGCGCUGACACUGUUAGCGGCGGAGCAGGUCGUCGGCACGCUGAUCAUGAAGGCGCUCGUCGCGCCGGGAAGCUUAGCAGGCGUCUGGUCCGGCACGGCGCCCCAGGCCAUGCAGGUGCGCCGGACCGCGUCUCUCGUUCUUCGAAAACUCCGUGGCGCAAUGGAUAGCGUAUCAGACUUCGAAUCUGGGGGUUGCGGGUUCAAGUCCCGUCGGAGUUGGAUGUGUCGUCACGCGCAAUUUCCCCUCGCAGGCCUUCAACACGAUUGAUGUCUUUGUGAUCCAGGCGACGACAAAUACGCUCUGCGCGCACUUCAUCUCGCUGCUCUCGACCUUAUCGUUGCUCGCUAGAUCCGUGAAGUGGUAAGCACACAAAAA